UUAUUUUUCUCUCACCCAAGUUGCUGGCGUCCGGCGGCGCCAGCCCUGCGGGCGGUCCUGCGGAUAGAUCCGCACGGUGCCUGGGCCGUCGCGGCUUUGUGCAGCGUUCCCGCGCGCGAGAGGGGCGGGACGGCGCGGUGCCCGAGGGGUAGCGCUCUCUUUGCCGAGGCUCUGGGGCCCGCGGCCGGCGGGACGGCCUGUCGGCGCCUGGCACCUCUGCCGCCUUCGUCAGGACGAGCGCGGACAGAAUGACUCAUUUUAAAGAUCCAGGAGAACAUGUUUGUUUCUUUGUGGGAGUUUUUCUAUGGACACCUUUUCCGAUUUUGGAUGAAAUGGGUCUUACGGCAGAUGACUGGAAAGUGUGAAUUGCAGCGGAUUUUUGACACCUAUAGAGGUGCACAGAGGACCUACAGGAUAGAAAAUUCCUUGACAUAUUCCAAGAAUAAGGUCCUACAGAAUGCAACUCGAGCUGCUGAGAGCGAACUGGACAGAUACGUAGUGGACAUAAUGAAGGAAAAGAACAUCUGCCCCGAGAAAGACACCAGCUUUCAAAUCUGCAUGAGGACGUGCUUACUGCAGAUAACUGGCUACAAACAGCUCUAUCAGGAUGUAGAAAAUGUGAGGAAAAAACCCUAUGAUUCUGCAAAUGCUCAGCAUGAGAAACUGCUCCUCAAGCUUUGGAGUCUUCUGAUGCCCACGAAAAAGUUGAAGUCCCGAAUCUCCAAGCAGUGGGCAGACAUUGGUUUCCAAGGUGAUGACCCCAAAACAGAUUUCAGAGGCAUGGGCAUGCUCGGAUUAAUCAACCUUGUGUAUUUCAGUGAAAAUUACACCAGCGAAGCGCAUCAGAUUCUUUCCCGUUCAAAUCACCCCAAAUUAGGGUAUUCUUAUGCAAUAGUUGGAAUCAAUCUUACAGAGAUGGCUUACAGCUUGCUGAAGAGCGAGGCUCUGAAGCUUCACCUCUACAACUUUGUCCCUGGGAUUCCCACCAUGGAGCACUUUCACCAGUUUUACUGUUACCUUGUCUAUGAAUUUGACAAGUUUUGGCUUAAAGAAGAACCAGAAAGCAUUAUGCACUUCAACCUGUACAGAGAGAAGUUUCAUGAGAGGAUUAAAGGACUCUUAAUGGAUUACAAUGCUGUGCUCACUUUGAAAACAUGAACCGUCCGUAGCAUCUUCUCUUUCUACCAUGUUUUGCACACACAGCAGAAUUUAUAUGUUAUUAUAGAAAUUAUCUGAUCAACUACACUCGUAUAUAUAAUUUCAUACAAAAAAAUGCUUCAGAAACUCUAUUUAAGAAAGCUAGUGGACAAUCAGUGUAUGUUUACAGUUGUUUAUACACUGUUCUCCAAAGGUCCCUGACCCUUCCAAAGAGCUCUUCCGGAGUCAUACAAACUACAGUUUGGAACUUGGGACUUAGCCUGUUAGUUUAAAAAUAUAAAUCAGGUAUAUUUAUAUCUAGCCAGUUGACUAAAAUGUGCAUGGAUCUGUUCUUUUUGUGUGUGUGUGGUAGCUCUCAAGGUGGUGUCAUUUUCAAAACUCCAGGAUCAUCAUUCAUUCUGGAAAGGCUUUUGAAUGCGCUUUGUCUUUUUAUUUGUAGGCAGAUCGGUACCAGGUGUCCUCUGAGGCUUUUCUGCAUUUCAGCUGUCAGAAUGUCCUGUCUUUAGAGCAGAGAGAGCAUGGCUCUGUCAAAGAGGGGGAAUAUCAUGCCUUCCCUUUUGAUUUCUCUGAUGACUGAACAUAACAGAAAACGAGAGAAGUCAUUGUUGAUGACUAGCUUUUUAUCUAUAAAUAACAUACUUUGGAGGUCUAGGCAUUUCCUCUUGCUUGGUAUUUGCUUUUAUAGAACGAACCUUUCUUCAAGCUCUACUGUGAGGCCCUCUGCCUAUGUGUUUCUCUGCUGAGAGAAUCCUGAUUGCAUUCAAAACAGUUUCUUUUAAGAUAAAACUGUUUUUGAAACGUAAGAAGAAAACAGCGCUUUUAAAAAAGGUUCCCCAUCACUGGUGUGUUUGACCUGCUCUUCACUUUGCUUGCUCUUGCUUUGAUGCUGGUGUUUCUAGGUAAUCUUGUAGGGACCUGGGUUAACAGGCUGUGGGUACCACCAUAGCCUAUGUCAUGACUGUGCAUUUGUAUAGCUUUAUUCUACCAAAUCUCAGGAGGGCAGCAAGUACAGUUGAAGUUCCUGCAGGAGGAGAUUCUAAUGGGAUGGUCUCCUCUUGGUGUGUUUUAAGAGAUUUGUUCUCAGAACAAAACUAAAAGAGUCUAAAGACAGGAAAGGCUAUGGACUGUGAGGCACACACGCUCCUUUCGUCCUUUGGAAACCAGUUCAUAACAUCAUAAUUUAAUCUAAAACACGGUGGUGUUUUGCACAUCUUUUAAUAUCGGGAUUUAAAGACUAGCCUGUGUGAUAGAGGAAGGCUUGCUACUUUUCCACAAUUUGUUGUUGUCUUUCGACAAGCCCCUGCUUUCACACCAUCAGAGAGAGAAACAGAGAGCGUGAGAGAGAGAGAGAGAGAGAGAGAGAGAGAGAGAGAGAGGUGGGUGUGUCCCAUAAAAGAGGCACAGCUGUAGUGUUGCAUAGCAUAGCAUUACGGAGCAUGGGUUAAAAACGUUUUUCCUUAAGGAAGAUGAAAAUUUUUAGAAAAGUAGGUUUACAUACUAGAAAGGAUGUAGCUUUUUAGUAUUAUAGAUUAUAGGAAGUUAAUAAUUGAUUUCUUAUAGGGGACUUGUUAAUGCUGGUAAUGUAUUCAUUUAGUCUUUGAAAAGUCUUUUGUUGUCCAGGUUUUAUGACGAAUUGCAGAGCUAAGCCCUAACUAGGAGCACAUGUUCACCAUUGUCAUCCAUCCUAUUUUUGUGGCACCGUUUCCGUGGAAAGCGGAGUGUUAGUCUCUGUUGUGCUACAAAGCGGAGUGUUAGUCUCUGUUGUGCUAAAAGCACUUACCUUUGUAUUGUAAUCUUUCAACAGCCUAGCUCUUGGGCUAAUUUAACUCUUUAUCAGCCCAUGUAAUAAAAAAAACACUACUUGAAGUAUGAGAGAGGAAAUAAUAAUAAUAAUAAUAAUUCUUUCUCAGCAGAAAACUCUAGUGAUUCUAAGAACAUAUUGUCAUAGUUUAGUUAGUGUCACAGUCUUUAAAUCCUCCUUUGUUCGUACAUUACAAAUAUUGUUUUUAUUAAAAUUAUCACUAACCAUUUCAGAUAAUUACAUAUAGUGGAGCUGAUUUGUAAGCCAAUGACAACUUCAGAGCUCUGAUUCUCUGGAAGUUUGACUGUCACUAGUUGUACCUUAAAAUGUAACAGAACCUCCUGGCUGAUAAGCUGGGCACAUGCAGGCAAGGGACAGUACAGUCAAUUUACCUUACUUUCAGCAGAUGUCAGAACUUCGUGCAGUUUUAAAACCCAUGUGUAGAUGCUUACCUCUGUCUAGAACUAGUAAAAUUACUAUGUAGCAAUUGAUAGUCAUGGCAUUGAAGUAGCAGAAAAAUUAUGGGAGUUAUAGCAUGAUUGAAGUAGAAUCAAUAGGAGAUCAAGUUUUCUAUGUUUUGAGGGUGAAAAGAUUUUACCAGUGACAAAAGUAGCAUAAAAAUAUAACUGCAACAUUUACAGUUAAAAUGCUCUGAAAGACAAUCUUUUUAAAAACUGGAGACACCGGGGUAUCACUGAACCUAGACCAGCCUCUUUGUAAAUAAGUGUCACAAUACAACUAAUUAUAAAAGUGAAUUUAAACUAGCACCAUUUACAGUUCAUAAAUCAGAUUUUUUUAAAUCCCUGUUUUUUUCUAUUUUAGGAGCUACUUGGAUUUGUAUGUAUUUUUCUAUGAAAAUGUAUGCAGUCUUUAUUCUUCCUUCAGUGUUGGUCACCAUUUUCAUAUCAUUCUGUUCAUUGAGAAUAUUCAGUGAAAGAGAUUUUGAUGAAAAGUUUUGCUCAAAGAAAAACCAUUACUUGUGUAUGAAAAGCAGCUGCUCAUUUCUUCAGCAGAAGAGGGAAUCAUGGCAUAGAGGACGGAGUUUUGCCCAGGGUGGUGAUAGCUUAUUCUUGUGAUCACGACUGGGGACCAGCCGCUGCAUCCUCAGGGUAGGUGCUCUACUUUAAUCCCUGAAGAGUCCGCGUCUGGGAGGCUUUGCCCUCGUGGUCCUGUAUAGGAGCCUCAUCACACAAGCAGCUUUUAAUGAAAACGAGGGGGCUUGUUAAUACGCUGAGAAAAAUCAUGACUUGUGUAUUUGUUUAUCUGUCUCUAGCUUUUGAUGAGAAAGAGUUUUUAAAUGUAAUGUAGGUAGGACCCAACAACCACAUUUACUUUGGCAGGGUAGUUCUAUAUUUUUGUUAAAGUACUGACAAAUAUUUAAGCAGUAGUGUUCCCUGGAGGGAAAGUACCUGUUAGCAACUUAAAUUUUUGUCUGUUUUGCGACAAGCAUUUGAGUUUCAGGUAAAAGCAAUAGUGUGCGAUGUGGUGUCUUUUUGUUUGUGAUGUUAAGUGAGAAAAUAAAACCAUGGCUGAAACUAU